UUAGUGAGAAGACUACGAGUGGAGAAGCAGUGUUAGAUCACACUAGAUCUUCGUGGAAGUAGAAUAUUUUUCAGCGAAUUAGAUUCAAACAUGCUGUGGCUGGUGGCAAUCUUUCUCUCGUUCAAUGUCGUACUUGGAGAAGAUGUUCAGACAAUGGCCGCGAACUUUCUCAACAAGUACAACUACCUUUCCCAAUCCCGAUCUGGAAACCACGACUUACCAUCUGCUAUCAAGAAAUUCCAGGAAUUUAACAGCCUCCCAGUCACCGGUGAACUAGACCAGGCAACGGUAAAAUUGAUGAAGACGCCCAGAUGUGGUCUGCCAGAUGUCGACGACAAUGGCAACCGACGUCGCCGUUACGUCACAUAUGGAAAAUGGAGCAAGAGUGCGUUGAAGUAUUACGUCCAGCAUGGCGCUGACUUGAGCCAGGCACAGCAAGAUGCCGACUUCAGGAAAGCUCUUCAGUUUUGGGCUGACCAGUCGUCGUUGACCUUCAGACAGGUUUAUUCACCAAAUGAUGCUGAUCUUAAAAUCAGUUUUGGCCAUUACACACAUCAAGGCACCAACGCAGAGGACAUCUGUGGAUAUCCAUUCGACGGACAAGGAGGAGUCCUAGCACACGCCUUCUUCCCCGAGGAUGGACGCGCUCAUUUCGACGAGAGCGAGUACUACACAGCCAACAGUGACCAAGGCACCAGUCUUCUGUGGGUCGCAACUCACGAGUUUGGACAUUCUCUUGGGCUGGCUCAUUCCAACGUGCAGGGCGCAGUAAUGUAUCCAUACUACACGGGAUACACACCAGGAAUGAAGCUGCAUUAUGAUGAUAUCAGUGGGAUUCAAAGCUUGUAUGGUGGCCCUGGCUCAGUGCCAAUCACAAGUGCUCCAGAAGUAUGCAAGGAUGAUUCGCCACACUGCGCUUCUUACAAAUCAUCUGGACACUGCGAGAAGUACCCUGACAGCAUGAAGACAUGGUGCAAGAAAACAUGCUCUUUUUGCUAGAUCAUCCUGGUGGGUAAAAGAAAAGGAUAUAAAGAAAA